AUGGUCGACCCUCCUGCUGCAGUUGUCCUCCCCAUGGUCCUGGGGAGUCUGGGUCUCUACCUUACUUUCUAUCUCUUGCACAAGAAACGGCGGCCUCGCCCCCUGGAAUAUGUUGGAACCGUGAAAGAGUUGUAUUUCCAUCCAAUCAAGUCAUGUCGUGGCGUGACUCUCCAGGAAGCAGAGUGUACGUGGAUGGGGCUACGGGCACAUGGAAUGUACGACAGACAAUUUUUACUCUGCGAUCCAUCGGAUGGGAAUCGGGUAGUCAACCUCAAACGCAAAUGCAGGUUGGCGCUUGUGACAAGUAAAAUGGGUGAGAACUGCGACGAAAUCGAGAUAUCCUUCCCAGGAAUGGAAAAGUUAACCUUACCUAAGGCACCAAGCACGGACUGUACGAACAAAAUCGUUUGCAAUAACUGGACGAUAGAUUUCGACGCGGUGGAUUGCGGCGAUGCAGCGGCCGAGUGGAUAAACAAAGCACUGGAGACGAAUAGGCCGCUGCGGUUAGUUUAUGCCGUUAGCGGCAUGGCCGAAAGGGCCGCUGGUUUCGUGAAUGAAGAUGGAGACAUCAUUGCUGGUGAUGACAAAAAGUUAGCUCCCCAAUUCGUCCUGCCAGAACAAUGUACGGUCAACUUACUAUCACAAGCAUCAUUGGACGAAUUGAAUAAACGACUGGAAAGUGAUGUCUCUAUCAGGCAUUUUCGGCCGAAUGUUGUGGUGGAAGGAUGUUCGCCCAACGAUGAGGAUUCUUGGGAGGAAAUCGUCAUCAACGAGGCUUCGUUCUUUCAGUUUGAUCUGGCGGAGAGGUGCUUUAUUACAACGAUUGACCCUGACAACCCAGAGGUUGGACAUUACAAGAAGGAGCCCCUUGUUACUCUCAGAACUUACCGAAGAAAGCCGGGUUGGGACGGGCCUGUGUUUGGUGUUCGCUUAGGACUCCGCCAUCGAGGGAGCAUAAAAGUUGGUGACAAGGUGUACGCAAGGAGGAAACUCUCUUAUAGUUACGGCAUAUAACAUUAAUCUAUACCUUAAUUAGAAAAAGUCAACCUUAAGUUUAGUCUCUCUGAAUAGUUUCGUGCUAAAAAAGAAAAUUCUGCAGCACUCGGCACUAUAAUUGCUGAGCUCAUCAGCAACGCGUGCGAGGGUAGGAGCAUUACGUCUGACUGCAAAAAAAUGGGAACAUGUCACAGGAUCGGGCCUUCACAUGGAGAUUGCCGAUGGACUCAGCGUCCCGCGAACGAGACAUGUUUGUUGCUUCGACCUACUACUCAAUAUCGAUGCAAGAAAAAUCUCCAGGAUGUGUGCAAGCGGACUUUGGAAGGAGCGAUCUAAUCGAAUCGCCGCAACGGCUCCCAUAUAUAAAGGAUUUCGUUUGAGAUACGCAUUACGCAUUGGGGUACGAAAAGGUUGCUUUCUCUCCCCUAUUCUGUUCAUGCUGGCCAUAGAUUGGGUGAUGAACAAUACGACAAAUGGUUGACCCUGACUUGUCAUAACUGACCAAUCAGGGAACGCCAAACCAUUCAGAGAUAGUCACGACCAGACCGAAAAAUAACAUUUCGGCUGUUAUUUAAACUAGCAUCUGUGACCAGGGCCUAUUGUUCCGGCGAUCCCCAAAUUGCGACAACAAUCCUGAAGCGAGCGUAACAACUGUAUGUUAUGAAAAAACGAGUUGACCCAUCGUGCACCAACUAAACUUAAAUAUAUGAUAUUUCCAAUGCUUCCUAUAGUUUUGUAAACGGUCCUUACAUAAAAGCUACAUGACAGGUAUACUGCCGCAACCGAGUAAGCGUGUGACGGCUAGAGGAUAUUAUAUCCAUCCAUCCAGAAGGGAAAUGAUUAACUAUAUUUGAAUUUUAUAGUAAAAUAUUCCCCAUGUCUUAUAAUUUUACCAUAAAAUUUGGGCAGGGGAGCGCGGGGCAUCACCCGGCUUACAUGUGCACGCUCUUUAUCGAAUGUUUGUAGGUGUAGGGCUCAUAUCAA